AUGUUGAAUUGUCAAGUUGCUUUAACAAACUAUGGGUCAAUUCGGGGGUAUACUACUCAAUCGAAGAGUGGGAAGGUUAUUGAGAUAUUUAAGGGCGUGCCAUUUGCGAAGCCGCCUAUAGGAAAAUUACGGUAUGCAAAACCACAGCCAGCUGAUCGUUGGGAAGGAGUGUUAGAUGGCACGAAAUAUCGUUAUGGUUGCCUUAGUAACUCCUCGCAAACAACCUCCCCUCAAACGUACAUUGAUGAAGAUUGCUUGUAUUUAAAUAUAUUUACGUCUAAGCGAUGCCGGGAAAACCCAAAUUGCCCGGUUCUUUAUUAUAUUCACGGCGGAGCCUUUUUAUACGAUUCCGCUAUUAUGUUCCCCGAUGAGCAUAUGAUAGAGCGUUACGCGGCCAAGGAUACCGUAAUGGUAAUUGCUGCUUUUCGAUUGGCCACUUGGGGGUUGUUCGCUUCUCAAUUCGAGGAGGUGACUCCUCAUAAUUUAGGGGUAUACGAGGUUGUGCUUGGGCUUGAGUUUUUGCAAACGGAAGUACGCUCUUUUGGUGGCGAUCCCAGAAAAGUUACUUCGCUUGGGCACUCGAUGGGAGCUGAUCUGUCGAUAGCGAUUGCUUUUUCAGAUGAAUUAAAUCGAGGAAAUCGGAUUCUUGCUCAAGCCAUGGCAAUGAGCCCAAGCAUGGAUUACCAUAACCUUGACAUGAUGCAUUGGACAUCUUUUGAAUUCGCUAGACGCGCCGGGUGUACUCCACCUGGCGCUCAAAGCUUUGAAUCCGCAGAAGCUACUCAAAAAAUCGUUGACUGUCUCCGGACAAAGACUUGGCAAGAGUUGUUGCUAAUCCAGCGCGGUAUGGAUGAUGAUGGUAUGAUGAAACUUAACGGGUUUCCUCGGACUUCACCAAUUGUUUCUUCCGGUAGUCUCUAUGAAUUACUUCUGAAUUCACCACGAGUCCCACUUCUCCUUGGCAGUACAAGACAAGAAUUUGAUCCGCAAGACCCGCCGGAACCAUAUCACACUUAUGGCGAUAUGCUUCAGACGAAUAAUUCCUACGAGGUUGGAAUCAAAUUUUGGCAUGAUAGAAUACAUGGAUAUUUAGCGUCUAACCACAGCUACGAAAGCCAAUGCAUCUACACGUCAACAUUUAACUACGGGCAAGUGCAGGCCAAGAAAGGGGCCCCGGUGUAUUUGUAUCGCUACGAUAUGCGAAAGUGGAGCCAUCACACUUCCGAUUUAUGCUAUGUGAUGGGGGUGCAUUGCCGGAAGUUUACGAGGGAUGAGCAGAUUAUAGAUGGAUUUUAUUCGGAGUUGUUUGUGAAUUUUACACAUCAGGUUCCACCGACGAAAAGUUGGGCUCCGCUAGAUCCGGAAAGGAAAAAUUUCUUCAGGGUGCUGGUGAUCGAAAAAGAGGAUAAAUGGCCACAUAUGGAAAAUGGAUAUGAGGAAGAAGUAGUCGACUAUUGGGUGCACAAAAUGACCGAAUUUGAUCAAACAGUCACUCGGCUGAAAACCAAGCUCGUCCACGAAUUUUUAGAGCAAAAAACCGACGAA